GAAGCUUUUGAGCGCAGACGAAGACGUCCAUCCAGAAUAUGAAGUGGUCCGUUUUUAUAGCUUCCGUGCUCUUGGGUGCUGCUGCUGGACAAUGGAGCUCGGUUGGAACCAGUCAAGGACUCCCAGAAGAGAUUAGAUUUCAAGUUUACGUCGCCUAUGACAACGUCUUCCACUACAACUUCAGUGACGAACAUUUAGCGAAGAAGUAUGCCGUCGUAUUCUUCAAUGCGAUAAAUCUUAUUUUUCAAAACAUGACGAAUCCGAGAAUCAAGUUUGAGGUCGUGAUGUUCCAUACUCAGACCGCGCAGUUUACGUUUCCUGCUCUCACUUUGGAUAACAAUGAAGUGGACGCCCACGAGAGCCUCAUUUCAAUCGAAAAAUUCAUCAGCACACGACCGCAGUUCAGUGCGUCAGACAUCCUGUUCGUCUUUUGCGGACGGAAGGUAUUCACGAAAAGCCAGGAAGGCAAGAAAGUCUACAGUCCCCAAGGUCUCACGUGGGAGCGCGGAAUAUGCAACAGAAGCAGAAAGAUCGUUAUAGUUAACGACAUGGCCAAGAAUUUCUAUGCCUUGCCGAACGCUGCGUUUCAGCUGGCACGCCUGCUGGGUGCACCGACAGCGUGCACACCAGGCUAUUCUGAACUGGAAGGCCACUUCAAACUCUUCCAUCUCUCAAAUUGCGCUGCGGGUAAUAUCUCAAAGUUUCUCAAGGAGCUCCAACAAAAGUAUCCCCAUCAGGCGAGAGAUUGUUUCCGCCAAAAGUACAACAGCGCAAAAUCACUGAGCUCCUUCUACAAGGACCUCCCAAACAAGAUCGCAAAUGAGGACGUCUUUUGCAAGAAACUCGGAGAAUUGAGGAAGGAAUAUCCAAACAGGGGCAUCUGCUAUCGACAUGGCAUAAUAUCUGAUCUACACGAAAUAUAUACGAAUCCCGCAAUAAAAAGUAGCAUGACAUCUGAAAACACACAGUGCGUCUUCGACUGCUGCAGCAUUGAUUAUUCUGGGCAACCAGCUUUUCAGUUCCAUAGCCAUUAUGCUUUCGAUGGCACGCCUUGUAGGCCUACUCAUGAAGGAAAAAUCUGUAUUCUCGGCAGAUGCGUAGGGAAGAACUUCACCUCGUGACAAGCGAAGAUAUCCAUCAUAAUGUGCUGGACUGAAGAUCCUGCAGUUCAAUUUCCCAGCUCAACGGUGAAAAUCUGAAACCAGUGCUAUGCUAUAACAAGAAACGUUCCCAAAUGAAUAUAAUAAAACGAAAGGAAGUUCAACAAUAAUG